UUCAGUAUAUAUAAAGCCACACAAGAGUGCAAUGAGGUAUCUCAGUUCUUGAGAACCCAAACAGCCACAAUGAAGACUUUGGUAGCCAUACUCGCCGCACUUAUUGCCUGUGCCCUGGCAGAGCAGAAAUGUCAGCCAAACAGCCACGGCGUGAGGGUAUACAACGGCAAGAAGUGUGCCAGCACCACGAGGUAUAACGACGGGCACAGAGGAUCGUGUGGCUGCGGGCCUUCCAACAGUGACACUCCUUUCGACUGGAACAUGUCCAAACACGUGACCGCCCCUAACCAGAUGUACUACGACAAUGGCGGGAACAGCCAGUGGUGCGGCAAGAACUGCGGAAAAUGUGUCAAACUUACUCCCACUGACAGAGUCAACGACCACGGCUACGAGGCUCAUUUCGACCUGCAGAACAACAAAGGUCAAGUUCUCAACGGUCUGGGCUGGGACAACGCCGAGGUCACGUGGGAAGAAGUCAGUUGUCCUCAUGACUACGCCAGUCUCUGGAAUCAAUGCGAAUGCCACGGUCACCAUUGAAGUGUUUCGGCACGCACAGGGGAACCCAACCAACAGCACGUCGGAAAUGUCCAGAAAUAGAUAACAGAGGAUGGAAGACAGCCGUACUUUGCUUUAGAAUUUUUAUUACGAUCUUCUGCUAGUACUUGUACAAAUUGACUUUGCAAUAACUUUUAACAGCACUUCAAUAAUGAUGUUCGUUGUGUUGGAGUGGCAAAUACAAAAUAAAUAGGCCAUAAUACGCGGUACCAUACAAAAUAC